UUAUAAUAUUGUCAAUGAAAUUUCAUAGUCUUUUCACACAUUUUGAAUAUUCACAGUGCUGACAUUUGAGGAAAAAAUAUGAAUAUGUUUCAACCCUAUUGAUUUGUCUUCCAUGGCUCGUAUCAGUGAACUGAAAUUAUCGAUUUUGGUUAUCAAUUGUCGGUGAAAUUCUUUCCUUAUAAAAACAGCGUGGAAAUCAAUUCCUGACUUUUUACAUUUUUGCAGAGUUAAAUUUCAAAUUAUCAUUUCAGUACGCUUAACUGGAAUAGGAUUAACUAACCCUUACUAACAUACUACUACACUACAUACUAACCUUAUUACAUAGUACAUUUACGCCAUGGGUAACGUACAAGCUUCUUCCAGUUUACCACCUAUGCCUCCGAAUUUAACAACGGUUCCUCCACCUUCAACACCACAAAAAUUGCCUCCAGAAGAGCGCAUUGAAAAUCCUGGAUCAGUAGAGGAGUUACACAGGAAAUGCAAAGAAUUGUUUCCUAUGACAUUUGAAGGCAUCCGACUCGUUAUUAAUAAAGGGCUGAGCAAUCAUUUUUUCGUUAGUCACAGUCUACUUAUUGGAUCAACUAGUCAAACGUCAAACUACAAAUUUGGAUCAACAUUUGUAGGUACCAAUCAGAUAGGUCCCGGAGACUACAGCCCUCUUUUAAUGGGUGAUAUUGAUCCACGUGGAAACAUUUCGACUAAUGUUAAUGUACAACCCUGGGAUAAAAUUAAAGUCAAACUGAAUACUCAAUUUCAAGAGUUCAAAACGACUGGUAUUCAAACCACGACCGAGUAUAAAGCAGAUAGAUAUACAGCUACAUUGAGCCUAGUAAAUCCUGAUUUAUUCAAUUUUACUGGAAUUUAUAUAUCCCAGUUUUUAUAUGCUUUGAAUAAUAGAACAUCAAUAGGUGUUGAACUUAUUCAUCAACGUUCUCCACAAAUUCCAAAUGGACAUGUAACAGUUUUUAAUAUCUUAGGACGAUAUAUAUAUGAUGAUGCUACCACAAUCAGUUCUACAUUAAAUUUUACAGGAUUACAAUGUUGUUAUCAUUAUAAAGCUAGUGAACAACUUCAAUUUGGUAUAGAUCUUGAAGGUAGUCUUAUACAACGAGAUAUUAAUGCAACAUUUGCGUACCAAGCACAAAUACCCAAAUCUGAUAUCAACAUUAAAGGAAGCAUAGAUAGGAAGUGGAAUGUGAGCACUACAUUAGAAAAGCGUCUCCAUCCAAUGCCAUUUACAUUUGCAUUGAGUACAAUGUUUUCUCCUGCCAAGCAUCAGUUAAGAAUGGGAGUUGGGUUUUUAGUUGGUUAAUUUAUGUUAAAUUUACUAAUAUUAAUGUAGUCGUACACUUUUGGACUUAUUUUUUGUUUUUCAUUCCCAUUUGUUAUAUGAUAUAUUAUUGUUCCAAUAAUAAAUUAAUAUCUUAACAAUUAACUUAAAUUCAAAACUAUAGUAAGAUACAAUACUACUAUUUC